AUAUAUAUAUACACACAUUAUAUAAAAUAAUAAUAUAUGUAAACAUGAAACACACAUAUCGAAAUCUAGUCCUUCAAGCUUCCGCUCUAGGACCUUCUCAAACUCAAUGCCGCCUGAAAUUCUGAAAGAUAAAACCAAUUUGUGGAGAAAGAGAGAGUGUUUAUUAAAUAGUAGUAGUUGAUUUUGUGAUGAUAUUUUCUGAAAAAGAUCUGGAGCAAUCGAGUUAUAAGAUGAGCUACAGAGAAGAAAAGCAUCCAUGGAGCACGUUUGACGGUGUUAAGAUUAUAUCUGUUGUCCCCGAGGCUCUCAUGGCAGAGAUUAACUCUGCCAUUGCUUCUCUUGAGUAUGCUCGUGCUGCAAUCUUCUCACAAUCUCCUGAUCCUGCUCCAAAGGCCAAAACCCCUAAUAAAAAACCGGCCUCUAGCUUUGAUGCUCAGAUAGCCGAUGAAGCUUACAAAGCCGGAUUGGCAUCCGUGUCAGCAGGGAGGGUCGAUGAGGCUAUUAUCUCAUUAAACAUCGCUCUCUCCAAAUGCCCGCCCGAGAAGACUUCUGCCGUUGCUAAGAUCCAGUCUCUGAUUUCUGUGGCAUCCCAACAGCGACACAAGUCUUCUAAUUGAUUUGUUUUUUAAAGAAAAUUGCACCCCUUUGAUGUGUUUUUCAGUUAUGCAUAUUCUCAUGUACUAUACUUUCCACAUUCAUCAUAAUUUUCAUUCUCUUACAACCUUUGUUCGGGACCUAAUACUGAGGGAACAGCACGUGGAUGGGAUGAUUCCCUAAAUCUAUACCUGUACAUUAGGUGAGAUCUGUCGUAUUUUGGCUCACAGGUUCGAGUGCUGCAUCUUGUCGCAGUGGAGAUCAACAGAGCAAUGGGUGUUUUCUGAUAGCUUGGGUCUUGAUGUAGAGAAGCUUUGCUAGGAUUGUGUGAAAACGGUAUUCUCCCUUUUCCUCUGCAGUCGCUUUUGUGAAAAUGAUUCUAUUGAAUGUAGAAAUAGCUAUUUAGGAAUGAUCUUAUUGCAGAUAUUAAUUGAUUCAAGUUGAUAAUAUAUAGUUAAUCGUGAGGUUAUCUACCCCUGCAUGUAAUGCUUAGAUAUAUGUAGCAUUUUUUAAUGGUAAAUAGACAUAUGCAGCAUUUGCAUGCAAAUUUUAUGUGAAGGGCAUAUUUCUUCUCAGUUAUACAUGGCUUAUGUGCAUUGAUGUUAUUAUCGAGCGCAUAACAUUUUCAAAUUUUGAAAUAAUAAUAAUAAUAGUUAAAUAAGAUAAAUACCAUGAACAACUCGAGAUUAACUCGGAUUAGGUCUCUGAUAAAUCUUAUAUACCUUCAUAUUUUUGAACAGUUUUGUUAUAAAUUUGAAGGAAAAUAUUGGUAAAAUAGUUGUGCGUCUGAUAUCUGGUAAACUUUUCUAUCUGCUUUUUAAACUUUGGCUUCACCCCAAAGACUCAAGUGUGAAGAAAAUGGAAUAAGGUGAGGGGCCACUGUCAUUGAAAAGACUCAUAAUCAGACAUGAAAAUCACAAAAAUACAUAUACAUAUAUAUAUAUAUAUAUAGAUAUGUUAUGUGUGUAAAUCUUCAUCUACAAAGUUACAAACUGUCAACACAUCCAUUCAUCUUGUUUAUUUCUCAUCACGACUAUGUUUUAUCGGUAUCCUUGCAUCAGGUGCAAAUCUCUUUCUUCUGCUUUGAAAGAUAGGUUUUCCAGAUGCCCUCUCUUUCCGGGGAAGCUCUCCGUUUUGAGCUCCGAAGCAGAAGAUGCAGCCGGCGAUUUUGAUGAAGAAGAUGAAGUAUUUGUUUCAGCAGUCAUGAGCAAAUACAUGGAGUCCAAAUGCAAGCGCAAGUCCGCCGUUGGGAUAGAUACCUUGAGAUGGGCUCUCUCUCCACAACACUUGUUGCUUGCUCGAAAAGGGAGGCGGAAAUUGGGCAGCUCCGGAGAGAGUAGGGAGGGGUCUUCUUCUGGUGCAGGUAGCCGGCUUUCCAGAUGUUCGAGCGCUACAAGCUAUGACGCGUUUUUCUCGGUGAAGACGCAUUUCUCGCGAUCCUCGAGCUUGAACAAGAUUGAUUUUCAAGAUCUCAGCAAGCAGUCCAUUGUUAUUGUAGAGCUCUUGAGGUACCAAGGGUGGCCGUUUGGCCUCUGCAAGAGGGCCUUGUUGCUGCCUCCUCUGCCAAAGUCACCGUCCGAUUCGUGGUCGUGGAGGAAGAGUGACAGAGCCGCCACGGUACAUGGACGAUGAUGUAUUUUGCUUUUCAAUUCUAGAAAAUAGUGAAAAUUGUACUUUGAUUUGAGAUUGCAAUGUUUGUUGAAUACUGAACUUUUAAUCCAACACCACAAUUUGAUAUGAAUACAAA